AUGGGAUUUCUAACGGUUCUCAAGAAAAUGAAACAAAAGGAAAAAGAAAUGAGAAUUCUCAUGCUAGGCUUAGAUAAUGCUGGAAAAACGACAAUCCUCAAGAGAUUCAAUGGAGAACCUAUCAACACAAUUUCCCCCACAUUGGGAUUCAAUAUCAAAACUUUGGAACACAGAGGAUUCAAAUUAAACAUGUGGGAUGUAGGUGGUCAGAAGUCUUUGAGAUCAUACUGGAGAAACUAUUUUGAAUGCACUGAUGGUCUCAUUUGGGUAGUAGACAGUGCUGAUAAGAGAAGAUUAGAUGAUUGUAAAGCAGAGCUACAUGCAUUGUUAAAAGAGGAAAGGUUGGUAGGUGCUACUUUGUUGAUAUUUGCAAACAAGCAGGAUUUACCAGGAGCUUGUUCAAUGGAGGAGCUUCAAGAAAUUUUGGAAUUGGAUAAAAUCAAAACUCAUCACUGGAAAAUUGUUUGGUGCAGUGCUGUUACUGGAGAUAAUCUACUCAGUGGAAUAGAUUGGCUAAUAAGUGAUAUAUCUGCAAGAAUAUUUACCUUGGAUUGA